CCGGACGCAUGGACAACAACAUAAACAACGACAGCUAAUCAUGUACAGCGGACUCCUUCCACCGGGGAUGAGCGAAGCGGACCUGAGUUCUGACGAGGAAGAGGACACAUCACCAACCACUGAUAUCAAUCCGCAGACGGAUAAUAGUCCUGCUCAGUCCGAUACACACACCGAUAAAAGUUCUACCCAGUCUGAUCUGCUUAAUGACCCAUCCUUAUCGGAUGGCUGUUUACCCGGAGUGAAUGAGGAUCUGUGGCAAAAAUUUAAAGAUCUUCAGAAGGAAAGAGAGAACCAGAAGACACAGCAACCAGAAAGUAAAAAGCGGAGAAAACGGUCAAGAAAAGGUAGGACUCCCGAGCAGACUGGUGAUGAAGAGAAAAGGCAGGGCGAGGAGGCGCGGGUGAAGCACUGGGACAAGCUGACUCAGUAUUUUGGCACCAAUGACAGAUUUCAGCCCCCUGCAUGUAGCAGGCCUGCAUUAAAGUCAGGCCUUGAAAAGAGCAUGGAGCGUGCCAUAGCCGAAGGGGAUUAUGGGAAGGCGGAGGAGCUGAGCGACCGUCUGGCUACUCGAGAGCUGGCUGUAAAAAUCGCACAAGCCGCCGAUUGCCGUGAUUUUGCCCAUACGAAGAAGGAAGAAGAGGAUCUGCAGGCAGCCCGGAAACGGAAAAAGCAGAUCUCAUGGGGCUUUGAAGCAAAGAAACGAUGGGAAACCAAAAGCAACAUGGGCUUCAUGUGAGGAUCCGUGGAAAACUGUAGCUUUUUGUAUAAUAUUUACUUUUGUAUUUGUGUUGCUUAUACUACACACCACUGACAAUUGACAAUAAAUAUUAGAAAUGAAAUAAAAA